CGCUGACGCUGUUAGCGCUUCAGUCUGUCAGUGAACAGAGACCUGUCGGCCGGCUGUGUUUCACACUUCAGCACGGUGUCUCAUUCUCCUUCACACUUUCUAUUUUUAAAAUAUUGUCAACUAUCUCAAGUGUGCUGAAGACGGACAAAAUUGCUAAUACGCUGCAAGAGAUGAAUUAAGUCUUUUUUCUUCUUCUUCUUCACUGUCUCUGGUGAACCUGUAUCGCUUUUACUUGAUGGGCUGAAAUUGAGAGUCCAUUCCAAGUUGUCGCCGCGGUGUGAACGUUUAGCUGCUUUUUAAAGAUUUUUCCUUCUGGACCCAGUUUGUGUGGAGCAGCUGGGGAAAGUUUGAUCUUCAGACUGUAGGUAUCAUACGGUGUUGUGGUGUACAGGAGGAGACCAGAAACCUCGACUGUCGUCCGUAUAAGUACUCAAGUUGUUACCAAUGGCGCACCAACCAACAGAUAGCCUGAAGGUUAUGUUCUUCUUGAUCAGCCUCCUCUUCACUGUAGGUUCAAGUGAAAAUGACCUCUUCUUGGACUUCUGUGGCACCUGGCGUCAUGGCAAAGGCCCUCUGAGCCUGAACAUAAACCUCUCUACAGGCUGUGAUAAGCUCUCGAUUUCAGCCAAUGAAAGGACUCUAUCCAUCAAUGGGAAGAUCACAGCCCAGUGUAGGAGGAAUGAUGUAAUCUCCCUCAAGAAAUUUGGACUUGAUUCAGAGGAAGACAGUUCUUUCUGUCUGUUUUGGGAGCCAUUACUGGACCAGCUGAAGCUGCAGGUUGGAGGACACAGUCUUAUUCUUUGCUGGCCUGCUAGCGUGCUGGACACUUGCUGCACUGAUCUAAGUCAUGGCGCCAACACAGCUGAAGCCAAAUACGGCAUCAAGAAUGGAACGGUCAGAAAUGACGUUGUCAACGAUAAAGUACACAAGGCCUAUAAUUUUGGAGGGAGUUUGACCAAAUGCAAAAAAUUAUGUGAUCAAGCAGUGCAGGAGUCCAGCUAUUCUAACACGCAUGGAGAAGCUGUAAAGAGGACCCAGAGCAUUGAGCAUCCCUGCGCUUACAGAUCUGAGGUGGAAAUGAAGGAAGGUUUCAGAGGCUCCGACAUCAAAUCACCUACCACUACAGGUGAAACUUCAGAGCCUACUACCACCAUCCAUCUGCCCCCCGCUUUACACCAAGCUGCAAAAAAUAGUAAUGCAGCCUGCACUUUCUUCCACAACAAUUCCUUUUUCCAGGAGGGUCCCAAAGAAGUACAAGUUCUCAAUGAUGUGGUGGAAAUCACGGUGGCAGAUGAGAUCAUCACUGAUCUGUCUGAGCCAAUAAGGAUUGGCUUUCACCACAAUGCUAUACCUAAAAUGCAUUCAAGGAAAUGUGUUUCAUGGGACACAAGGAAAGAUCCUUUGCAGGUGAAUUGGCUGGUGGAUGGAUGUGUGACACAACAAAGAGGGCCAAAACACACCGAUUGUCUGUGCAAUCAUCUGACUUACUUCACUGUGCUGGUGCAACUGGAGCCUCGACCGGUGCGCCACCUUCUGGCACUCACUGCUAUUACAUCUCUGGGCUGCGCUGUAUCUGUGAUCAGCUGCAUUGCUCUGAUAAUUUAUCUCUGCAGGAAAAGGGGGCGAUCUAAGGAGCAGUCUAUACCUAUACACCUGGGCCUAGCUGUGUCCCUGGCCUUCCUCAAUCUGCUGUUUUUCUCUACGGGUGUCCUUGCCAACUUGGGAGGGGAGAGUAUGUGUGUCUGGGUGGGUGCGCUCCUCCACUAUGCCCUGCUCAGCUCCUUCUCUUGGAUGGGCAUAGAAGUGUUCAACACCUUCUGGUUGGUGUACAUGGUUUUCAGCCCCUCUCCAAAGCUGUACACAUGGAACAUAGUCGGAUUCAUUCUCCCUGCUGUUCCUGUUAUCAUCCUGGCUGCAGUAGGUGGUAUUUAUGGGCUGAGAGAGGUGGUGCCAAGUGAUGACAUCUCCAAUCCUUAUCGAAUGUGCUGGAUGAACGUGACUAACAAGGCUUGGCUGGCUCACGUUUGUACCAAUAUCACGGUCCUGGCCCUCCUGGUGUCGGCAGGUUUUGUGAUGCUCUUCCUGGUGUACAGACAGAUCCGCACCAGAGAUGAGUGGAGACAGAACCGUGUGGCUUUCCUCAGCAUCUGGGGCCUCAGCUGCCUCUUCGGAACAACUUGGGGUCUUACCUUCCUGGAUUUUGGGCCCCUCUCUGACUUCAUUCUCUUCCUCUCCUGCAUCCUCAACUCCUUCCAAGGCUUCCUCCUGAUGUUGCGGUUCUGCAUGCUGGACUGGAUACAGAAACAGGGUGCUCGCCCUGGUCUUGGCAGCACCAGCACCACUGGAUCUACCAGGCAACACAUGCUCCAGGAGAAGAGUUAAGUGGGCUAAAUAAAGGUGUGGGACAGAAUACAGCAGCAAACUCAAGGCUGCAACAGUCAGUUUUUUUCAAAUUAAAGAUACAGUCUGCAUGCCAACAUAAUAGACAAAAUGCAGAAGAACGCUCCAUCACUGACCGAGUCGCUGUAGAUCCGCUGUUUGUCCAGGUGACGUUCUGUGGUCGGUGGUGAUAACUGCUAGGACGUGUGAGUUACAGCUCCAAAAAUGAGCUGGCUCUCCAUAUAUCGUACACACCUUAUUGUUCUGGUGUCCUUUGGUAGGAAACAUUCCAUCUGUUUUGGUAAGCGCAAGAACACAAUGAGUUUGGACCCACUCUGUGUUCUGUGCAGCUUUAAGUGGUGAUAAGACAAAAAUUAAAACUUUGUAUCAAUCACUCAGUAUAAAUUAUUCUUGAGUGUCUGUUGUGUUAAUUUACAACCUUAAAGCUACAGUAAUCACAUGUAUAAGACAUCUGGGUUUAACUUAGCUGAUAAUAUACUGUAAAUUUUGCAGGACAAAUUUUAAUCAACCUGCAGUGGUAAAUCCCAUCCACUUAACAGUCUAAUCAGGUUAAUAGAAAGAUACUUGAUCAAAUGAUUCUUCUUUUUUUGUUUCAAAUGAUUCUUCUUGUCCAGGCCAGUGGUGAAGAAAUGUCACACUCAGGACUGCACAGUAAAGGCCUGGAGCUUUUGUUUGCAGAAUACCUAGACUGGUUCUAGUUAUAGAAGGGAAAGAAUUUAUUUGAGAUUUAAAAUUGUACGUUGUAGACAAGGAAAUACAGGGAAGUUAGAUGAUUGCAGGUUACUAUGCUGUUUUUUUAUAUUGUAUUGUUUAUAAAGAAAAAUGAUAUUUUAUUAUUGAAGCGCUCCUUAAACCUUAGAUAAGCUUUUUAUUUUUGAUUUUAUGCUGUCUAUUUUCCUUUUGAAGUAGCACUUUAGAUUUUUGCUGUUAAAAUGGUAGAAUGUCAGUGAGUUGACUGUUGUAUUGUUGUUUUCUGAAUAGCAGAAGACAUUUCAAUGGACAGUAUGUACCUUUUGUAAAAGAACUGCUGAAUGUUUUAUCAUAAAUGUUUCCAGUCACUCCAUAUUUUUUCCAGGAUAUAAUUUUAAUUUUUUACUAAAUAUGUUUGUUUCAUCUGCUUCAGACCUACAAAUGAGCUUUUAGAUACUGUGAUGUUUGCACUUUCUUUCUUUCUUUUUUUUGUUGAAAAGUAAAUUUUGUCAUUCAAAUUAUUGUGUAUAUUUGAGUUUGUGUGGAUGUACAUUGAAUAUUAUUAAAAAUCCUUUGGUUGAAACAGAAACAA